GGCUUGGUCCCUAUUGAAAAUGGAAAAUUAUGAGAUUUUUUGGAAAUAAAUUUUUUCCUGUUCUUUUAACAAUUAAACCUUCCUCUUUCCAAAAAUGUAGCAUUUUGCUAUAAAUUUUGGAGUAUUUCUUCAAAACUCACGAUUUAUUAUGAGUCACUCUGAAAUGUUUCCUUAGAAACGCCCCUAGUAACGCAAUAUUGAUUAUUUCCAGCCCCAAAAUAAUGGUCUCCCCUCGCUAGCCUUACAAACUGUAAUUGAAUUGGAUGCUUCUAGUGAGAGAUUGCAUUGAAGGGAGGUUCAGGAGCCUUACAUGAAGUAACUCUGCUGUUCUUCACGCUCCUUUCAUUGUUCACCUCACGAUAACAUUUUUCGACAAUUUCACGACGAAAUCUUCGAAAACUAUGGGAAAUCCACGAAACAGAACUAGAAAAAGGACAAGGAAAGGCAAAAAUACUAGAGAGGUAUCUGCUGCUAAAAUACAACGUUUGGUAUCAGAGAGCACAGGUGAAGUAUCCAGUGGAAGCGACCGUGACGAAAUUAGGCCACAACAGAGCGACCAACAAACUCCAGUAAGUAGAAAUGAAACUGGAAGUCAAUCUUCAUCAGGAAAGAAGCUUGGGCCAAUGAUUGAAGCUCAAUCAGAGGAGAAAAGUCACAGUUUGGAAGGUUUUUUGAUGUUUGACAUGCUGAAACUUAUUGAAAUGUUGUCAGUUGUUUGUUGCCCAAGUUGCAAAGAACCUGGGUUGCAGUUGUGCGAAGCACUUCAUAAAAAAUUCGGUUUCAGCAAAUGCCUCGUUCUUGACUGUCCUAAAUGCAGUUGGAGUCAUGAAUUCAACACUUCAAGCUAUGCUAGAAUUGAUGGCAAGUCCAGGAACAACAUGGAGGUAAAUGUUCGAACAAUAAUGGCUUUUCGAGAAAUUGGUGUAGGGUACGAAGGCCUUGUUGAUUUUGCAACCAUCAUGAACAUGGCUAAACCUAUGACACGAAAAAGCUACAACAACAUUGUAAGUCAAGUGCAUGGAGCAUUUGUAGAUGUUGCAUCUAAAAGUAUGCAGCAAGCUGCUGAAGAGGUCAAGAUGAAAGAAGGCACAGCUGACAUAGCAGCAAGUUUUGAUGGGUCUUGGCAGAAGCCAGGACAUUCUUCUCUUAAUGGGAUUGUGUCAGCAAUUUCCAUUUCAUCAGGAAAGGUGCUUGACUAUGAAGUAAAGUCAAAAAAAUGUAAAGGUUGUGAUGCACAAGUUAAUUUGGACAAGGCAUCCGAAGAGUACAUGAAUUGGAAAAUCCAGCAUGGCUCCUUCUGUACAAAAAACCACUCAGGUUCAUCAGGGCAAAUGGAAGUUGCUGGAGUGUUAGACAUGUUCAAAAGGUCAGAGGAGAGAUAUGGGUUAAGAUACAUUGCUUUUAUUGGAGAUGGAGACUCCUCUACUUUUAGCUGUGUUUCUAAUGCAAAACCAUAUGGUGAGCACAUCUCUAUUGAAAAAAAAGAAUGCGUAGGACAUGUGCAAAAAAGGUUGGGCUCACGACUUCGCAAGCUGAAAGUUAGUUAUGGAAAGAAAAAGUUGGGGGAUGGUAAAACUAUUGGAGGGAGAGGGAGGUUAACAGAGAAACUAAUAGACAAAAUGCAGAACUAUUAUGGACUUGCUAUUAGAAAAAAUAAAGGUAACCUUGAUCGUAUGGCUAAUGACACUUUAGCUGGUUUAUAUCACAUUUCCUCAAAUGCCAACAAUCCUCGGCAUGAUCUCUGCCCAAAAGGCAAAGAAUCUUGGUGUGGGUGGCAGAGGGACUUGGCAAAUGGAACCAAAAAUUUCACACCAACAAAUGGACUUGCUUCAUGUGUCUUUGAUGCUCUUUUACCAGUCUAUAAGUCUCUUUCCGAUAAGACGUUGCUGUCAAGAUGCUUGGAUUCUUUUACUCAAAAUCCUAAUGAAUCUUUGAACAAUAUGAUUUGGAGAAGAUGCCCAAAGAAGAUAUAUCAAGGAAAGAAAAUAGUGGAGCUCUGCACUGCAAGUGCUGUAGCUAAUUUUAAUGAUGGAGCAUCUUCACUCAAUCUAGUUUUGAGUGCCUUGGGGAUAAAUCCCGGUUGCCAUACCAUCGCAGGUACAAGGACUGCUGACAUUAAUAGGGUGAAGCUUGCAGAGAAAAUGGCAACAGACAAAGCAAAAAAGCAAAGAAAGAAACUAAGAGCAAUAAAAAAGGGACUGUGGGACAAAACAAAACAAAAAGAGGGUGUUGUCUAUGAAUCAGGAGCCUUUUAAGUAAAAGUAUUAGGUAGUAAAUCUUUAAAAUGAUGAUUCCCGCUAAUAAAAAAAAUCGUUAAUUACAACAUUUUGUCACAAGCUUGCAUAAAAACCGUACCAGUAAUCUUCAUGAAAUUUUCACAGUGUAUUCUAGGUAGACUAAGCUAGUGAAUGAGGUAAAUUUGUAUUCUCUAAGCCCAUUUAUAUGUCAACAGUGACCAUCCAAAAGUAGCAGAAACUCCACUUUUUACCUCACAACAUCAAAAAUAUCUAGAUUUCCAAAAUUUGAAAAGAAACCUAGGUUUUGAAUACCUCAUACACUUACUAGAGCAUUAUAGUAUAAUUAUAUAGAAAAUCAGCCUUUUUAUUCCAAUACUUGUUGCAAACAGUUGCCAGAAGUAAUGAAUGCUUUUUGUCUAUUGUUCUUGCCGCCAUUUUGAUUCAUUUGCAUAUUUAAUUGAAAUUUUGUUGAAAUUAUGAUUUUGGCAUUAAAUACUUUCUUCACUGCAAAAAUGAAGUUAUUUUCUCAAAAAAUGAAGAAAUUUCUUUUGAAAGGGACCAAACCC